AUCAAGAUGAAUGUUCAAGCAUUUAAACAGGAAUCAGAAUAAUCAAUGAUGUCUGUCACUGAGGAAGACCUGUGUCACCACAUAAAAGUCGUUGUUCGUGUACGUCCUGAAAACACAAAAGAAAAGACAGCUGGAUUCCAUAAAGUGGUUCAUGUUGUUGAUAAACAUAUCCUAGUUUUUGAUCCCAAACAAAAAGAAGUCAGCUUUUUCCAUGGAAAGAGAACUACAAACCGAAAUAUUCUAAAAAGAGAAAAUAAAGACCUGAAAUUUGUAUUUGACACUGUUUUUGAUGAAACUUCAACUCAGGUGGAUGUUUUUGAACACACUACUAAGCCAAUUCUUCGUAGUUUUUUGAAUGGAUAUAAUUGCACAGUAUUUGCCUAUGGUACCACUGGAGCUGGGAAGACACACACAAUGUUAGGAUCAGCUGUUGAACCUGGAGUGAUAUAUCAAACAAUUUUACACCUUUUCAAAUGCAUAGAUGAGAUUAAAGAAGAGAAAGUAUGUACUACUGCAGUUUCUUAUCUGGAGGUCUAUAAUGAACAGAUCCGUGACCUCUUAGUAAAUUCAGGGCCACUUGCUAUCCGGGAAGAUGACCAAAAAGGGGUGGUUAUUAAAGGGUUGACUUUACACCAGCCCAAAUCUGCAGAAGAAAUUUUACAGUUAUUGGAAAUAGGAAACACAAACAGGAUUCAACAUCCCACUGAUAUGAAUGCUACAUCUUCUCGUUCUCAUGCUGUUUUCCAGAUUCAUCUGCGACAACGAGACAGAACAGCAAGCAUCAAUCAAAAUGUGUGCAUUGCCAAGAUGUCACUCAUUGACCUGGCAGGAUCUGAGCGUGCCAGUGCUACCAGUGCUAAGGGCACCCGGUUUGUAGAAGGCACAAAUAUCAAUAGAUCACUUUUAGCUCUUGGAAACGUCAUUAAUGCUUUAGGAAACAUGAAGAGGAAGAAUCAGCAUAUUCCUUACCGAGACAGUAAGCUUACUCACUUGUUAAAGGAUUCUCUGGGUGGAAACUGUCAGACUAUAAUGAUAGCUGCCGUGAGUCCUUCAUCUAUGUUCUAUGAUGACACAUACAACACUCUUAAAUAUGCUAAUCGUGCAAAGGACAUUAAAUAUUCUUUGAAGAGCAAUGUUAUUAACAUAGACAAUCAUAUAACUGAAUAUGUGAAGAUCUGUAAUGAACAAAAGGCAGAGAUUUUAUUAUUAAAGGAAAAACUAAAAACCUAUGAAGAGCAAAAAACCUGUACUGAUGAAAUUGACAGGGUAAAGUCAAUGACGUCAAACUCUCAGGAAAAAGAACUUAAAAGGUUUCAAGAAAUUCUGAAUUGCUUGUUUGAGAACCGACAAGAAAUUAGACAAGAAUAUCUAAAAUUGGAAAUGUUACUUAAAGAAAAUGAACUUAUAUCAUUCUAUCAACAACGGUGCCAAAAACAAAUAGAAAUGAUGUGUUCUGAAGACAAAGUAGCAAAGGCCAAUUACAAACGAGAUCAUAAACUUGCAAUGUUGAAAAGUCGUCGCUGCCACUUGGAGAGAAAGAAGGAGGAGAAAUUGAAGCAUUUUGGUGAGAAUACUGAUUGGCUCCAUCGUGUCAAAGAAGAAAUGGAGCUUUUAGGUCAAAAUGGUCAUAUUCCAAAGGAACUCGAUCAAGAUCUUCACUGUCACCAUUUGCACCUCCAGAACAACGAUUUGAAAGCACAAAUUAGUCAUAUGAUAGAUCUUGCUUGCCUUCAAGAACAGCAACACAGGCAGACUGAGGCAGUAUUGAACGCUUUACUUCCAGUCCUAAGAAAACAGCAUUGCACAUUAAAAGAGGGUGGCUUGUCAAAUGCUGCUUUUGAGUCCGACUUCAACGAAAUUGAGCAUUUAGUAGAAAGGAAAAAAAUGGUGGUUUGGGCUGACCAAACUACUGAGCAUCCGAAGCGAAACGAUCUACCACGGAUUUCUGUUCUUAUGAGCUUUCCACAGCUUGGGCCAGUUCAAUCUAUUCCUUGUGGCACAUCUUCAAGUGACUCUGAUCUACUUAAAAUUCUUCCACAAAAAAGAACUCGGAGAAAACUAAUGCCUUCUCCUUUCAAAGCACAACAUACUCCAAAAUCUUCACCGUCAAAAAGUAUGCAGCUCACUGAUUCUCUCAGCAAAGAACUUCUGCCUAUUACAUAUACUCCAGAAGACAGUAGAGGAACUUUUCAAAAUCUAUCUAUAGCUACCUUAAUAAAACCGUCACAAACUACAGGUUUUCAGGCCAUCAGCUCAAACAUAAACUGUGAGAAUACUCUGGAAAAGUGUGAAGUAGAUAUCCCUCUUAACAGGAAAACAGAAUGUAAGGAUUUGCAUUCUACGUUUACUAUAUGUGAAGACACCAAGAGCUUGAAGAGUAAAUUACCUGAACAAGAAUCACUAUCAAACAACAACAAAAACAUUUUCCAACGGCUUGACCCUUCUUCAUUCUCAACUAAGCAUUCUCUGCCUGUACCAAGCAUAGUACCGUCCUACAUGGCAUUGACUGCUGCUGCCAAAGGGAAGCGGAAAUUGACAAGUUCUGCAUCAAAUACUUCGUUAACUGCCAAACGUAUUCGACAAGAUAAUUCAAGUGAUAAGCACUUACAAGAAAACAGACCAACAAUAGAAUAUAAAAGAAACACCUAUAAAAUAAGUCCAAGCGUGGUGAGAAAAUUUGGAAGAAGCAUUUCCAAAGAAAAUCUAAGAUAA